GGGGAGAGAGUCUCACACUCCGUGUGGCUCCUCAGUGGAAGACAGAAGAGGCUGUGGAGAGAGAGCGCACGAGCAGCAGAGCGAGAGCGAGCGAGAAAGAAAAGAGAGAGAGAGAGAGAGAGAGAGAGAGAGAGGUGCCGUCGAGCAGGGAGGACCCCUCUCUCGGUGUGUGUGUAAAAAGUGAAGAGGCAAAUUAGCUCAGCAUCUCCACGAGACGCCCUCACACCUUCAGCGAGUGGAGGAGAGGAGACGGAGAGAAAGAGAGAGAGAGAGAGAGAGAGAGAGAGAAAGAAAGACAGAGAGAAGAGAGGAGAGGAAGAAAAAAAAUCACGAGCUGCUUUUUCCUGCUGAUGUAAAGGUGACAUGAGGAGCUUUCACGCGCCGACUCCAGUGGGUUUCUGAUACACUGCAGACUGACCCGCCAGCCGUCCCUCGAGGCUCUGUCCGUCUACUCCGACCAGGAACUUUUGGGUUUUUUUGGUUUGUUUGCUUGUUUUUCUUGUUGUUUUGUUUGUUGGAGGUACCUGAGAACAUGGGUGGAUUUAUCUCCAUGCACUGAGGAUUUUGGAUGAUCACUGACACCGACUGACACAAGACCUGACCAGCACAGCCUGUCUCCUGCCAUGUCGUGGUAUCUGUGUUUGUGGAUAGCUGUUAGCUGCCUAGUGCUCUGCCAGGCCACUCUGUACGAGACCAUCCAGCAGCACCACGUCCCCCGGCCCGGCCGGAACGCCAUCCAGAUCCUCGAGGGUGGAACGUGUGAGGUGAUCGCAGCUCAUCGGUGCUGCAACAAGAACCGGAUUGAGGAACGCUCUCAGACGGUGAAGUGCUCAUGUCUGCCAGGGAAAGUGGCCGGAACGACACGCAACAAGCCCUCCUGCGUGGACGCCUCCAUCGUGAUCGGGAAGUGGUGGUGUGAGAUGGAGCCAUGUUUGGAAGGAGAAGAGUGUAAGACGCUGCCAGAUAAUUCAGGCUGGAUGUGCUCCUCUGGAAACAAGAUCAAGACCACCAGGAACACACAGCCAUAUUCUCCUUUUUAGCUCGUGAGGACAGCUGCGGAGGCACCGGUGCACGUCUCUCUGCUCCAGAUUCAUCCUCGGACCUAACCCACAGCUCGCACCAGACUGCGCACAAUUGUCUCCUCUGUCACAGCAGACUAAACCAUCCCAUCAAAGCACGGUUUUGAGUGGAUUACCUGCGACAGAAAAAGUGAAGGAGGAUAUCUGUCCUCCAAGAAACAGGACAUAAAACAAGCUUUAGCUGAUGAUGUGCCAAGGAUGUUAUUCUUUUUUCUCUCUCUCUCUCUCUCUUCUUACUUUUUGCGGUAAAAGACAAGCUAAUCUGUGUGCUUGAUUGAGUCGGACCGCAGGUGACUCCUCUUCUCAAACGCCCGUGACCAAUUUCACUACAUGCCCCCCCCCAAGCCCCCCUUACCCCCAACACAAACAUACACACACCCUCCAGGCAGUUACUCCGCGACAGCUUAGCGGGCCUACUUAGCGGGUGUAAAACAAUAUCUGAAAGACGUUAACCCCUGGUCCCCCUGGAGACGCAAAGUGGAUGAUCCUGCUAAGCUGAGGAUGACUGAAGUGAGGAUCAUAGUGGAUCAGUGACACGAAGGAGAAAAUGAGGUGGAAAUCGAUUCCAGAUUUCACGCCUGUCCCUUGUUCUCAACCUUAUGUGGCAGUUCUGCGUCCAUUAAGAAGAUGCGACCAUCUGGCUUGGACAUGUUAGCCUUUACUUGCUAGCAUCCAGCACAAACUGGUUAGCUGUCUUGCUAGCUUGGACUCAGCAUCUCCUCAGAAAGAACCUAACCUCUCGGCCCAUCUUCCACCUCCCACACGGAACCCUUUGAGGCAAGGUCAACGGUCCCGCACUCUCCGACUAAGGCCUGGUCUCUUUUUAUCUGUUGGCAUGCUCGAUGUACUUUGUUGGAGCUUUAUUCGUACCGAGAGCGACUCUGUACAUACGUGUCUGUACAUAAUAUAUAAAUAUAUAUACAUAUAUACAUACAUAUAAAAACAUAUGACCUUAUAUGCCCUUACACAUGAUGUUCACAUGGUUUGGGAGCUAAUCUGUGACUGCUCUGAUUAUGGACCCCCCUUAUGGAGUACAGUGCCCUCCCUCAAGUCAAUGGAACACAUCCAUCCUCCAGGAUGGUCACUGCUUGCGAUGAAAUUCAAACAAGCAGUCCAUCUGAUCUAUCCUGAAAGUGUGUUAUCCUGUGUAAUGUAGAGAUUUGCCUGGGUGAAAGACUCUGCUUUGACACAUGGUUGCAUCUGUGAAUCAGCCAUCUGCUGUUGUAUUGGGCCCGUUCUGGGAAAAAGACACCCACUGUUCUUGGUUCUGUCCUCCAUUCUCUGACAUGUCUGACUCCGGAAGUAGUUCUAGACCUGCUAGUUUGUGUCAGUCACUUACAAAAGGACUGAGUUGGUAUAAAAAGAAGUAGAAAUGAUGGACAAACUUGUCGCCUCGUCUCCAACAGAUGCAAAAUUACAGUAGCUCUGGUAGACACACAUGCAACCUGGUCAGAAUCUGAUCAGAAUUAAAGAUGAUGAGAGUUUCCUAC